UUUUCGUUUCUUUUCUUCUAUUUUCUGUUUGUAUAUAAAACGUCGAAAAGGAAGGAAAAAUAUUAAAAAAAUAUAAAAGCCUAAAAAACAGUUGAUCUUCGUUAGCGAUUGGAAUUUGGAAUAGGAAACAGAGAUGGAUGAUGAAUUGCUGGAAUUGCAGAGACAAUUCGAGUUCGCACAGCAGGCGAAAUCGAGCAUCCGGUUAUCCGAACGAAACGUCGUCGAAUUGGUCCAAAAGCUCCACGAGCUUCGAAUCAUUGAUUUCGAACUCCUCCACACUGUUUCCGGCAAAGAAUUCAUCACUCCGGAGCAAUUGAGGCAUGAAAUUGCUGAGGAGGUGAAGAAAUUAGGUCGUGUUUCUUUGAUUGAUCUUGCAGAUACUACUGGGGUGGAUUUAUAUCAUGUUGAGAAGCAAGCUCAGUAUGUAGUUUCAGAGGAUCCAGGGCUUAUGUUAAUCCAAGGAGAAAUAAUAUCGCAAUCUUAUUGGGAUUCUGUAGCUGAAGAAAUCAAUGAGAGGUUGCAGGAAUGCAGUCAAAUUGCUUUGGCUGAGCUGGCUGCACAGUUACAUGUUGGCUCUGAGUUGGUGGCAUCUGUCUUGGAGCCUCGCCUUGGGACUAUGGUGAAAGGUAGGCUUGAAGGUGGGCAAUUGUACACCCCAGCAUAUGUAGCUCGCGUUAGUGCCAUGGUUCGUGGUGCAUCUAGAGGUAUUACAGUUCCAACAAAUUUGUCUGUUUUGUGGAGCACUUUGCAGCAGCUUUUGCAAGAAAUGGAAGGAGCCACAGGUGUAGCAGUUGAAGGUUCAUUCUUCCAAUCCCUUUUUAAUGGGCUAGUGAAGGAAGGCGAGGUUCUCGGAACACUUCGUGCUGGACUUCAUUGGACUCCAACUGUUUUUGCUAUUGCUCAAAAGGAAUGUGUCGAUUCGUUCUUCUCGCAGAAUUCCUUUAUCAGCUAUGAUGCUCUGCAGAAACUUGGUAUUUCCCAGCCCAUCCAGUUCUUGCAGUCCAGAUAUCCUGAAGGCAUACCUCUAGUUACAGCAUUUGUUCACCCUUCACUGACUGAGAUGUUGGAUGCUGCUAUUGAAGAUGCAAUUGAACAUGGUAGCUGGCUUGAUUCUCUUUCUGUAUUGCCCACAUCGUUUGGAUCCCAAGAUGCAUAUAAGAUUGUGUCUGUUUGUCCUUCUCUUCAGUCAGCGCUCAAGGCUAAGAAGGUACUCAUCAUGGGGGAUUCCUAUAUAUUUAGCAGCAGCUUUGUGAAGGAUGUCUAUGAUCGUUUGGAGAAAGAGAUGGAAACCUUUAGCCACUCAGGGUCCUCCGCUAACAUGCUGGGUGAUGAUUCGCAUCUGGUUAAGGAAGCUAAAGCCAGACAAGAUUUAAGCCCAUUUGAAACUGGUAGUGAGAGUGGCAACAGCAAACGUGGUACCGAGAAAGGAUCUAAGAAGAAAAAGGGCGAAUCCUCUGUGACAAAAACAGUGUCAGCUGAAGGUGAUUCAGAAAAUGAGGAUUACAUCCCCACCAAAUCUAAGAAAAACCAGAAGAAACGCAAGGAUACGUCUUCCUCUCAAGUUUCAGAUUCAAGAAAAGGAGCUAAGAAAGAUUCAAUUAAACCACAAGAGGAAAUUGUGCCUUCAGAAGAAUGGUUAAUGCAAAAGCUCAUGGUCCUGGUUCCUGAUUUUGAAGAACAAGGUGUUGAUGAUCCUCAAACAAUUCUUAAACAUCUGGCUGACUAUUUAAGACCUAUGCUUAUAAAUUAUUGGAAGGACAGGAGAAAGGCAUUGUUUACAGAAAAUGUGGAGAAAAUGAAACGUUUGCUCGACAAUUUGCAAAGGAAACUUGAUGAGUCUUUCUUAAAUAUGCAGCUUUACGCGAAGGCAUUAGAUUUGUUUGAAGAUGACCAAUCCACUUCUGUUACUUUGCACAGGCACUUACUUAGAACUGUUGCCACUUCAAUCGCUGAUAUGCUUUUCCAAAACCUGGAUGUGCACAACAAAUUAAAAAAUGGAGCUCAAGUUGAAGAUUCUCAAAGUUCAGAAGGCAUUUCACUUAGCCCUGGUGAAAGGACAGCUAUCGCGAAGAGCUUUCCGGGAUCUCAGUCAAAAAGGGCUCUUGCAGUGGUUGAAGCUUUGGAAGGGAAGCGGGUGGAGACAUUCAUGGCCGCACUGAGAGACCUGGCUGAGGAGAGUGGGUUACUCCUGAAAAAGCUUGACAAAAAAUUGGAAAGAACUCUUUUGCAUUCAUACCGCAAGGAGUUGACUUCUCAAGUUUCUGCUGAAACUGACCCAGUUUUACUUCUGCCAAAAGUUGUUUCUCUACUUUAUAUAAAGGUUCACAGUAGAGCUCUUCAGGCCCCUGGAAGGGCAAUCUCUGUUGCUGUAACACGAUUGAAGGAUAAACUAGAUGAUUCAGCAUACAAGAUCUUGACAGAUUUCCAAACUGCAACGGUGACACUUUUAGCACUUAUGUCUGCUGCAACUGGUGAUGAACAAGACUGUUUGUCUGAUAGAAUUUUGAGUGAAAAGGAGCUUUUGGGGAGCCAAAUGCCGGCACUAAAAGCUUUGGUUUUAGGCUCCUCACAAUCUUGAGCUAGGAUGGAAUCAAAUCUCAGAAGGCUAAAGAUUGAAAGGUUUUUGCUUCGAUAAAAUCCCUAGCAGACAGCUGAAGGCUAACAUUUUUUCCUGAGGCCAGCCAUUCAAUAUUUAUUGUUUCAUUGACAGCAAUCGGCUUGGCAUUUGUUUUCUUCGCACAAUCCCUUUUAAGCCAGCUUACUUCCCAAUGGGAGCUACUAAGGAAGAGUUGGAAUAGUGAAAAAGUUAUCCUGCUUUGCAACUUUCUCUCUUUCAUUGUAUGCAAUUUUCUUUGCUCAAAAAGCCUUUUCUCAAGGUAUGCUACUGAUAACUCAUCUAGAAUCUUUUAUUUUGUA